AGUAGUUGCUCGAGAUCGGGAACGUGCAGGAAAGCAUAUGAAAACAGCGGCGAAUGGCACUCGGAUUAGUAGAGCUGCUGAUACUCAUGGCAGCCACUUUCAGCACACGUGGUAAAGUUCGCGGCUCGUGGAAUAGGCUGGACUGGGGAGACAGAUACUCCACACACGGAGAGAGAGAGAGAGAGAGAGAGAGACAGACACUCAGCACACAUGGUGAUGAUGAUGAUGGUGAUGAUGAUGAUGAUAACGAUGAUGAUGGUGAUGAUGAUGAUGAUAACGAUGAUGAUGGUGAUGAUGAUGAUGAUGAUGAUGACCCGUGUCUUUGGAUGAUGACGAUGAUGAUGACGAUGAUGAUGAUGAUGAUGAUGAUGAUGACGAUGAUGAUGAUGAUGAUGAUGAUGUGCGUGUCUUUGACGAUGACGACACGUGUCUUUGGAUCUGCAAACAACGACGCGAAAGCUGAGUCCAAGGAGGUGGAUAGUGAUGAGGUUACUAAAUUACGAGCUGAAGUCGAGAAACUGAAACAUGGUAAGGACGUUGCUAGUACUUCUGCUGCUGUUUUCCAGACCACCUGCGAAGCCGAAGAGGUUGCACGUCUUAGGAAGGAGCAUGCUGAUGUGAAGGCUGCUACGGACAAGCAUCUGGCUACCUUGGAGGAAGUCAUCUUUGCUCUUCAAAAACAAUGCAAAGCGGCCGAGGCGAAUGCUGACGUAUGGAGGAAUGAAGCUCUUCGCCCAGGCAACAAACGUGGCAGCGUGGCUAUUGGUCACACUCCUGUCAGUGAUGCUCGGGUUCGGGCAAGGAUCACCCCGGUGGUUCCACCGUGCUCUGGUGGCAGGGUAAAUAUCCAGCUGAAGGACAUCGUAGAAAGACACCAACGUGAGGUCGAGCUCCUUAAGGAGAUGCGCGCUCGAGAAGUCAAGGCCAGGAAGGAGUCGGAGGACGAGGUUGAUAGACUGAAGAAUGAGAUGGCAAGACUCAAUACCGGCAGGCGUUCGAAGGGUACGGAUCUUAGGAGGAAGAUGGAUGAAGCUGUUGUACCUACUACGAAGGGAAAAACUGUUGUUGACGUGGUUGACCAUGUCAUGCAAAGGGAUGUUUUCUUACGAGCUGCUGGAAAGGAGUUACGUGGAAAACGUAAGGAGGAAGUUAUUGAUAUUUGCGACAAAGAGGGUGUGGAAUACACCACGCUUGAUCCCACCAAGGAAGCGAUUGCCCAAGGGCGUGCCGACAGGGCAGUUGGAGUCGAUCUUGACGAUGGUAAAGGGAAAGGUAAGGAUGACACUGUGGUUGAGGUGACUGAUGACGGAGGGGACAACUCUGAACCGAGCGACGGGCGUGAUUCUGCUACUUCUUAGGAUCACCCCCGGACGCACCAUUUUUGUGGCUUGUAGUCCGUUUUUGUUGUCGACUUUGUGCUGUCUCGAUUGAUUGGCUGCGUAACAAGAAUGUUAAUCUAUUGUUUAGUACUGCUAUUUGUAGUUUGAUUCCGUUGAAUGCGAUUCCGUGGGGCGAUAAGUUGUUAGGGUUCUUCCCGUUGGUCCGGGGUUCUGACACGGUUGAUGAGUGGGAUGGUCCUCUGGUGUAUGCCCUUGUGUCUCCAUGGUCGCGUCAUUUCUAUAUAGGUAGUAUUGCCCGUGAUCUCCAUACACGGUAGAGAGAGCACGUCUAUAGAGCAUGCCAAUCGAAAGUGAUAGAUGGUGGUAAACGUAAUGAAAAACUUUAUCGGUG